AUGGAUUUUGAACAAUUUAAGAAAAUCCAGGCCGUCCUCCGGGAACAAGAGGAGGAGGAACGAGCCAGACAAGAGGAGGAGGAUCGUCAAGGUCCUCUUAUAGAUCAAGAGGCCUUUGAUGAAAUGUAUCGAUUGCACGGAAUGAUGGCACCCAGAAAGGGAGUUUGGAAACGGCCCAUUCACAAGGGGCUCUUCACAUGUCCCCUCUCCCAGCCCAGUACUACCUUGGUUCGAUGGGAUUCACUACCACAUCAUGUACGACAGCACUACACAAAACCAACCAAUGAAAGUGGGGUCUUGGAAGUUAUGAAGAGUCAUCUGGUGGCUGAUGGAGUUGAAGCAGAGGGUCCAAUGCAAGGAGGAGACCCAGAACAAAAGCAGAGCGGCCAAGGGUUGAUCAAAAGUCGUCCACUUGGAGCAAACUUGUCCAACAAACUAAGCGAAUAUACAAGAGGCGCAACUGGACAAUGCAAUCCCUUUCGUCCAGGUGGGGUUGAUCAAGACGAAUUGAACGACAACGCUGAAAUCGACCCGUUCCUGACAGAAGAAGCGAUUCAAAAUUCGCUUAAAGUACUAAAGCAAGGGGUCAAGGCAUCCUGGGAAGAUGGAACAUUGAUUACAGCUCCUCCAGGUGUUACUUUUAAGGUUGGAAUUUCGUAUGAAGAUGUCCAUGGUGUGGACCCUGAGGUGGAGAAAAAAAAGGAAGAACAGCGACGGAAAGAACAAGCUGCCCUGGCGUCUCAAAUGCAAUUAAACGAGCCAACAUCGACUGGAAAUACAGCUCGUAGAGUUACUCCAGGCAUUCGUUGGGACCAAGCCUUCCUGGAUGACGAUUCGCUCUUUGGUAGUAGCGACGAGAGCGAAAGUGACAGUGAUGAAGAGGAUGGAGAUGACGAGAAUGAUGGUGACAGUGACGGAGACGCGGAAGGUAAAGCCGAUGAAAGAGACGAACCUGCAAAAGAAGAAGAGAAAACGGCUGAAUACAUUUUGCCCACCGUGGAGUCAAUCGAAGAAGCGAACAUUGAAUCCAUCACUGGAUCCGACGAAGACAUUGAUACUCUCUUGCAGCAACUUUCAAGAGCCGAGAUGCGCACCAAGAAGCAGCUGGACGUCAAGAACAAGAUGCCCAAAGCAGAAAUUGAAAUGAACGCGUUGCAACUGGCCGAACGACAGGCAGCACUCCAAAAGGACAAGGACCGAAAAAUGUGGGCCUCGACCAAACUUCUUCCAAUCGAUGACUUUGAUUCUUUGAUUCCCAACCCAGCAAUGAAGUACCCCUUCGAGUUGGACCCCUUUCAACAGCAAGCAGUGGCUCGGUUGGAAAGGAAUGAAUCUGUCUUUGUGGCAGCACACACGUCUGCAGGAAAAACAGUUGUAGCGGAAUAUGCGAGCGCCCUUGCAAAGCAACGUGGAACGAGAUGCAUUUACACAUCACCAAUCAAAGCAUUGAGUAAUCAGAAAUUCAGAGACUUUUCCAAGAAGUUUGGAUCAGAGAAUGUCGGCCUUAUCACCGGUGACCUGCAACUGAAUGCAGAUGACUCCACUAUUCUCAUCAUGACAACUGAAAUUCUGCGGAGUAUGCUCUACCGAGGUGCCGAUUUGAUUAGAGACGUGGAAUUCGUUAUUUUUGAUGAGGUGCAUUAUGUGAACGAUUCCGAACGAGGGGUAGUCUGGGAAGAAGUCAUUAUCAUGCUUCCACAGUAUGUUAACCUAAUCUUUCUGUCAGCUACAACGCCCAACACAUUGGAGUUUUCCGAUUGGAUUGGAAGGACCAAGCGCAAGUCUGUACAUGUCGUCAAGACAGACUAUCGACCAGUUCCGUUGUCACACCAUCUCUGGGCGAAUACGAAGCUACACUUGAUUCGGGAAGGCAAAUCUGGAUUCCUCGACAAAGGCUACCAACAGGCUUCAAAUGCACUACAACCCAAAAAAGUGGCGGACAAGAAGGGUGGAAAAGGGGGAAAGCCAGUCAAUACAAGCUCCAACAGGCGUGGUCCUGAGGCCAUGGCAUGGCAAGCCCAAGGAAGCAAAGCUAACUGGAUGUCUUUGAUUCGAUUUCUGGAUCGAGAAGAUUUGACUCCAACAGUUGUCUUCUCAUUCUCCAAAAAGAAAUGUGAGGAAAUUGCCUACAUGCUUCGAUCACUUGACCUAAACACUGCAACGGAGCGAAAUGCUGUUCAAGGGUUUACACUGCAGACAAUAGCACGUCUAUCGCCACUCGACGCUGUCUUGCCACAAGUCCUUAGUGUUGCCGAUAUGGUACAAAGGGGCAUUGGAAUACAUCAUGGUGGAUUGCUUCCAAUCUUGAAAGAAAUGGUCGAAAUUCUAUUUGCGAGAGGGCUCAUCAAGGUCCUGUUUGCUACCGAGACAUUUGCAAUGGGGGUGAAUAUGCCAGCAAGAUCAGUCGUCUUCAAUAGCAUCCGAAAGCACGAUGGCACCCAGUUCCGCGUUUUGGAGCCUGGUGAGUACACCCAAAUGGCUGGUCGAGCAGGGCGUCGAGGCCUUGACAAGGUUGGAACCGUAAUCAUGUGUUGCUUUGGUGACACUCCACCACCGCUUGGGAUCCUGAGAAAUAUGCUCACUGGGCAAUCAACAAUGCUCAAAUCUCAAUUCCGUCUGACAUACAACAUGAUUCUGAAUCUCUUGCGCGUGGAGGAAAUGAGUGUGGAAGGCAUGAUCAAGCGAUCCUUCAGUGAGUUCGCCACCCAACGGGCACUCACAGCCAACGAGUACCCAAAGCUUCUAGCGCGUGGUGAAAAGACGCUCCAAAAGCUGGAACAGCAGAGAGUUGCUACCGGGAAAAUUGUCGGGGCAGAGGAUCUCGACGAAUACUUUGAAACUUGCAGUGAACUUAUCUCGACAAACGCAGAACUGAUUAACGUGAUUGCCGCGUCAUCAGAUGGUGCUGGUGACGCUGUGUUUACGCCAGGGCGCAUCCUCCUUGUAUCAGCAGCACGAGACCACGGAAUUGUUCGUUCGCCUGCACUUGUACUGCACACACGAUUCUCUAAGGCUGCCUCUUCCAUUGCCGAUGCUGGUACGAAGAUUGACUCGGUAGUUUGCAUGGUUCUGCUACCUGAGAGCUUCAUCAAGGAAUCAGCGGAUCAGGCACAUGGAAUGGGCCAUGUUGGACACGUGGGAUCUGCAAAACAUCGCCAUUAUUCCAUUUGUGAAAUUUCCCUGGAUCAAAUAUUGCUGAUUUCAUCCAAGAAGAAGAAAAUUGACGUCUCACAUCUCUUUGUGGACAGCAGUACGACAGCUGCAACAGCAGGUGGAGCCCGAGGGCGUUCUACUGCAGACUUCUUCGCCGGUGCCCCAGCAAGGGGAGUUGGAGGUGGCUUUGACAGCGCCUUUGCGGGCAUGAAAGCUCGGGGCAGAAAGAACGACGACGAGGGCUUUUUUGGAAAGACGAAAAAGUCAGAUGUUUCAUCCAAGGAGCAAUCGAUUGACGAUGCCAUGGAAGUGCUCAUCAGCACGGAAAAGGAGGAAGUUGAUACUGGUAUGGCUCCAAUGAGUCUUCGGGACACUGUGAAGCGUGGAAACGAAGUCAUCGAGUUCCGUCAUCGAUGCAGUCACAUGGAAGAUUUGGUCGGCCUAAUGCGAACAUUCGCAUCACACCGCCAUCCAUCGCUAGAAAAACACUAUGGUUUGGUGGAACGACAACAUACAUUGAAGAAGCGGGUGGAUGCUCUAAAACAUCUCUUGUCCAACGAAUCUCUUCAAUUAUUCCCAGAUUUCUUGCAACGAAAAUCUGUAUUGAAGACACUUGGAUAUAUCGAUGAAUUUGAGGCAGUCUGCGUCAAGGGUCGUGUUGCUUGUGAGGUCAACACCUGUGAAGAACUAAUUGUGACGGAAAUGAUCUUUGAAGGAAUUUUGAACGAACUAGAACCAACAGAGAUUGUUGCAGCAUUAAGUUCAUUACUCUACCAGCAAAAGAGUGACGACGACGAAUUCGACAUGGAGAUUCCUGAGUCUUUGCUAAACUGUUGCAAACAAAUGAAGAAAAUUGCCAUAAAUCUUGGUCAGCUUCAGAGAGAGCAUGGCCUUGAUAUUGAUCCGAUCGAUUACGCGGAUUCUACACUCAAGUUUGGACUUGUUCAUGUUGUAUAUGAGUGGGCCUUGGGGGUACCCUUCAAGAACAUUUGUGAACUCACUACUGCACAAGAAGGUUCCAUUGUCAGAUGCAUCACCCGUUUGGACGAGCUCUGCCGUGAAGUGAGAAAUUGUUCUAGGGUGGUUGGUAAUCCAACCCUUUAUCGAAAGAUGGAGGCAGCAAGUGCUGCUAUCAAGCGGGACAUUGUGUUUGCCUCUAGUCUCUACGUCAGCUAG